CAUAUGAAGGUUCAUUCGGAUGAAAGGCCCAUUAAAAGCAAGGUAUGUAACAAACCCUCAAGCCAAGCAGGAAGCCUUCGCCGUCAGAACCAAGAACAUCCUAGUGAAAAGCCUUUUAAGUGUGAGGUUUGCAGCAAAUGUUUUACCGAAGCAGGAAGCCUUCGAAGGCAUCACAGGAUACACACUGAAGAAAAGCCUUUUAAGUGCAAGGUUUGUGGAAAGUGCUUUAACGAAUCGGGAAAACUUCGACAACAUGACAGGGUACAUACCGGAGAAAAACCUUUCCACUGCAAGGAUUGCGGAAAGUGCUUUAGCCGAGAAGAUAACCUCCGUCUACAUCACAGGGUACAUAGUGGAGUAAAACCUUAUCAUUGCGAGGUUUGCGACAAGUGCUUUAGCCAUGCAGGAAGCCUUCGCCGUCAUAACAGGGUACAUACUGGAGAAAAGCCUUUUCAGUGCAAGGUUUGCGACAAGUGCUUUAGCCAAGCAGAAAGCGUUCACCGUCAUAACAAAGUACACUUGAGCGGAGAGUUCAGCUGCUGGAUUUGUCAGGUGUUAUUCCGCACUGAGGGCGCCCUACAUAAGCAUUACAAUGAUCAUAUGAAACAAGCUCUUCAAGAAAAGCCUUUUAAGUGCAAGGUUUACAGCAAAUGCUUUAGCCAAACUGGAAACCUUCGUAGACAUCACAGGGUACAUACUGGAGAAAAGCCUUUUCAGUGCAAGGUUUGCGAUAAGUGCUUUAGUGACGCAGGAGACUUUCGCAAACAUCACAGGUUACAUACUGGAGAAAAGCCUCUUCAACGCAAGGGUUGCAAUAAUUGCUUUAGCCAGGCAGAAAACCUCCGUAAACAUCACAAGGUACAUAGUGGAGAAAAGCCUUUUAAGUGCAAAAUUUGCUGCAAGUUAAGUGCUUUAGCCGAGCAGGAAACCUGUAGCCAUCACAGGGUACAUACUGGAGAAAAGCCUUUUCAAUGCAAGGUUUGCGAUAAGUGCUUUAGUGUCGCAAGAAACCUUCGUAAACAUCACAGGGUACAUACUAGAGAAAAGCCUUUUAAGUGCAAGAUUUGCAGCAAGUGCUUUAGCCAAGCAGAAACGCUUCAAACACAUCACAGGGUACAUACUGGAGAAAAGCCUUUUCAGUGCAAGGUUUGCGACAAGUGCUUUAGGCAAGCAGGAAACCUUCGCUGUCACAACAAAGUACACUUGGGCGGACAGUUCAGCUGCUGGAUUUGUCAGGUAUUAUUUCGUACUGAGGGCGCCCUACAUAAGCAUUACGAUGAUCAUAUGAAACAGGCCCUUCGUGUUAAUAAGUUAAGUUAA